AAUUAAGGAUAGAGACUUAGUAAUUGCGGUGCAUAGUUGGGCUCAUUUUGUGAUUUCGAAGAUGAGAAAAAAAAGCCCAUCACCAAAAUAUAUUGGUGCAUGGUGAACGGAUGAUCCUCCUGAUCAUUGGCUAUGCUAGAAAGUUCUAUGCCGUAUUGACAAAAAAAUAAAUAAAAUAAAGUUCUAUGUCUCUGAAACAAUUGCGAAUUGUGAAAGCAAAUACUGCACUUAGAGUUUGAACGGAAGAAUGCAAGGACGCGGUGGUGGUGGUCGAGAUCCUUUCUCUGGCUUUGGUGACCCUUUUGGUGGUUUUGGAGGCCAUGGUUCUUUUGGACCUUCUAGUAGUUUAUUAUCAAGUGUUUUUGGGGGAAGAGACCCGUUUGAUGACCCUUUCUUCACCCGCCCUUUUGGAGGGAUGUUCCAGUCUAAUCUUUUAAGUGGCCCGUCUAUGUUUCCUUUUCCCUCGGGUAUGCAGGCAUCUGGUUUUCCUUUUGCGCCGAAUAUGCAAUCAUCUGGGUUUCCUUUCCACCAGGAGAUGCGUCCAUCUGGGUUUCCUUUCCACCAGGACAUGCAUCCAUCUGAGUUUCUUGAGCACCAAGCUCGUGCUCCGGAGCCUAGUAGUCGAAGGGGCCCAAUCAUCAAGGAAUUGGACUCUGAUGAUGAAAAUGAGGAUGCGGUGGAAGAGAAGAACGAAAAUCCAAGAAAGCAUAGAAGGCAAAAUAGUGAACCCUCUGUAGAACAUCCAGAUGAUGAACUUGAAGGUAAGAAGAUCAGACAUUUGCAGGGUAGAAAUGAGUACAACAGAUUCAACACAACCGAGCCUCAGCCUCAAACUCGCAGCUUCUGCUUCCAGAGCUCAACAGUCAGCUAUGGUGGUUCAAAUGGAACAUAUUAUACUUCAUCAAAGACAAGGAGGACUGGAAGUGAUGGAGUAACACUUGAGGAGAGCAAGGAGGCUGAUAGUUCCACAAGGCAAGCUUCUCACAGGAUUUCUAGAGGCCUGCAUGAUAAGGGGCAUACCCUUUCAAGAAAACUGAAUCCAGAUGGUAAGGUGGAUUCUAUGCAGACUUUGCACAACAUAAGUGAAGACGAACUUGCUGGCUUUGAAGAAGAAUGGAAAGGAAAGGGUCAAAAGUAUUUGCCUGGAUGGAGCGGAAGUAUUGGAGCCAGCCACAGUGGACAAGCUGAGCAGGCCCGGCAGGGAGGUUGGCUGCUUCCUUCAUCAGAGCAUGGAAUGUCUGAAGUUAGAGGUUCUUCUCGCGUACAGGAGAGGGCGAGGACCGAUUCAAAUGGUAGGGGUGUGUACCACUCAGGAAGGCAGCGCCAAAAUUAAUUCCCCAAUGUUGCAGUCAAGUGUCUAGUACUCGAGUCCCAUUCACCUUAGCAACAGUGUCAUGAUAUAUUAUCAUGUUAUAACCUGUUGGUGUGUUUCUCUUUCCUUUCUUAUGGAUGAUUUUAGAUGUAGUUUUAUACCUUAGUAGGACAGAUUUGACCACUGAAAAUGUUAUGGGGAUGCUAAGGUCUGAGAUCUAUACAAGUUAUUAUGACCUGUGCAGUGGUUUAUACAUACUGCCGCACAUACUGCGUGAGCUGAGGUAGUUUAGUUGUAUUCAUGUGUGUUUGCAUGAGGUGUAUAUCUUGUUCAGUGCAACUUCUAUGCUAUAUUCCAUUUUGUUGAA